ACAGAUCCGCGCCCCCCAUCUAUCAGCGGCUAGUUUUACAUCAACAAUGAGUGUCUUCGCCGAUAUCAGAGACAAACACGGCAGUAUUUCAAUAAACAAAGUGAACAUGUGUUGUAUUUAGCUCCCUGUCCAUGCAGCAGAGCAGCUCCUAAGUCAGACAGCAAAUCCUGCCUCUGGUAAAAAGAAAAGGAGAGAAAUCGUCAAACCAGACACGUAGCUGACAGAACUGAGCUGUGGGUGUGUCUGCGAUGGCAGGUGGAAGGAGAGGGGCGAAUCGCACCACGUACUGCAGACCUCCACUCAGCAGUGAGCCGGGCUCAGUCAGCAAUGGCAACCACACGACCAGCUCGCCGGUCACAGGGGUGCGAUCUCGUACGAGGAACGGCUCGGGAACCUGCAUGUAGCCCCCGCUAGCUGCUCAGACUGUGGUUCCUCUGAAGCACUGUAAGAUCCCCGAGUUGUCUGUGGAUCGGAACGUGUUGUUCGAGCUGCAUCUUUUCUUCUGCCACCUCAUUGCCCUCUUUGUCCACUAUGUCAACAUCUACAAGACGGUGUGGUGGUACCCGGCGUCACACCCUCCCUCACACACAGCACUCAACUUUCACCUCAUUGAUUAUAACAUGCUGGUGUUCACAAUCAUCAUACUGGCAAGAAGAUUAAUAGCAGCAAUUGUUAAAGAGGCAUCGCAGAGUGGGAAACUCUCAUUCCCUCACUCGAUCUUUCUAGUGAUGGCGCGGUUUGCGGUGCUGACGCUGACGGGCUGGAGCCUGUGCCGCUCCCUCAUUUACCUCUUUAGAACCUACUCGGUCCUCAGCCUUCUCUUCCUCUGCUACCCAUUUGGGAUGUAUAUUCCGUUCUUCCGGCUGAGCUGCGACUUCCGGCGAGCAGGUCCGCUCUCCCCCAUCGCCAGCAUCGGCUCCAAAGAGGUUGGCAGCGUGGGCCGGGGCCGGGACUACCUGACCGUGCUGAAGGAGACGUGGAAGCAGCACACCAGCCAGCUGUACGGCGUCCAGGCCAUGCCCACUCACGCCUGCUGCCUCUCCCCAGACCUCAUCCGCAAGGAGGUGGAGUACCUGAAGAUGGACUUUAACUGGAGGAUGAAGGAGGUGCUGGUCAGCUCGAUGCUCAGCGCUUACUACGUGGCGUUUGUACCUGUCUGGUUUGUCAAGAGCACCCAGUAUGUGGAUAAGCGGUGGUCUUGUGAGCUGUUCAUCCUGGUGUCUGUCAGUACAUCAGUCAUCCUUAUGAGGCACUUGUUGCCCCCUCGAUACUGUGACCUGCUACACAAAGCUGCAGCUCACCUCGGCUGCUGGCAGAAAGUAGAUCCUUCACUCUGCUCCAACGUCCUUCAGCACAUAUGGACUGAAGAGUACAUGUGGCCACACGGAGUCCUCGUAAAACAUAAUAAGAACGUCUAUAAAGCCAUGGGCCACUAUAAUGUCGCAGUUCCAUCAGAUGUGUCCCAUUAUCGCUUUUAUUUUUUCUUCAACCAGCCUUUACGAAUAUUGAACAUCCUCAUCAUCCUGGAAGGUGCCAUGAUAUUCUACCAGCUGUACUCGUUGAUAUGCUCGGAAAAGUGGCAUCAGAUGAUAUCGCUGGCCCUGAUUCUCUUCAGCAACUACUACGCCUUCUUCAAGCUCCUCAGAGACAGAAUAGUCCUAGGAAAGGCGUACUCGUACUCGAACAGCUCAUCGGACCAGAAAGUCAGUUAGAUUUAACUUAUUGUCGGGGUCACAUUCACUUUGGAACAAAACAGACAUGCCUAAGAGCCCUGUAUUUUUUCUACAAACUGAGUUUUGUGUCACAUUUUUGUUCUGAUCCGCCAUAAUAAAAAGAAAUAUUUUUGUAUUACUUUAAA